UUUAUUUGGUCGAGUAUACGAACGAAGUUGCUCGUAUAGGUAAUACACAAGAAUUAUUAUCAACACCGACUGAUAACUUGAAUUUUGCAAUACUAAUCUAGAAGACUUAAAAUUAUGUGUUGUGUAGUUGUAAUAAUUGUGUUAUUAUAAUCGUUCAUACAGUACAUAUAGAUCGUUUUGAAAAUGAUGUUCCUUACCGAUAUAGUUCAAUAUUAAUUAAUUUCUUACAAACAUUUUUAAGUUUUUAAUAAACAUAACAGUGAGAUAAUAUAUUAUAUAAGUACAAGUUUGUAGAAUAUUGUUUAGUGAUGUUUACAUGAUUUAUAUAAUAUAUUAUAAAGUUUCGCUUCAAUAUUAAUUCAUCAUUAGCUAUGAAGGUUACGUAUUCCUGGUUCAUAUAUUCAUGUUUAAUUUUUGGAACACAUGUGUUUUGUGAUAGAAUACUUGAAAAACGACAAACUGUUUCAUCAUGCAAAAUCAGAGACCAAUACAAAUGUAUAUCUGGCCAAUGUAUUGAUAAAACAUCAAUUUGUGAUGGAACUCGAGAUUGUAAUGAUGGGUCUGAUGAAACUUUGGCAUUAUGUAAUACAGUUCGGUGUCAAAAUUAUACAUUCCGGUGUAAAUAUGGGGCUUGUGUAAAUACAGAAAGUAAAUGUGAUGGUGUAAGACAGUGUGCUGAUGGAUCUGAUGAAGAAAAUUGUCCUGGUCCUAUUUCUUUAUCUGCAGAUCCAUUAACACUAAAACUUAGUAAUACAACACAAAUAACGACGGAGUCAAAUAAAAAGAAAUCAUGCAUUUUACCAAGCCUUGAAGGAGUUAUAUAUUCUUACGAAGGUUCAGAUGACAUUUUAUCUCACGGGACAUUGAUUAAACACAAUGGCACUGUUAUCGAGAACUGUCAAGUUGGAUAUCAUAAGGCUCACCACAAUAGUUUUAGGGUUUGUCAGGGAAAUGGAAAAUGGAUAUCUAAAUCUGAUAAAUUAUGUUUCAAAUGCGGUAGAUCGUAUAUCGGACACCAAUUAUUGAUCGAUAAUGGUAAAACAGCACAAGUUGGAACAGCACCUUGGAAUGUAGGAGUAUAUCGAUUUAAUAAAGAGAAUUCUAAGUAUGACUUGAUAUGCGGAGGAUCACUUAUUGCUGAAAAUAUAGUCGUUUCUGCAUCACAUUGUUUUUGGCAAAAUGGUAUGCUAUCUAAUAGAAUAUCAAUAAACAAUGGUCUAUAUAGAAUUGCUGUUGGGAAAUAUUAUAGAAAUUACACAGUUAUUGACAAUGAUUUUACUCAAAUAAUGGAUGUGGAAACAAUUUAUCUGAAAGAAGACUAUUUGGGAUAUAAUCGGUACUAUUCUGAUGAUAUAUCUGUUAUCGUGUUAUCAAACAAAGUUAAUAUUAGUGAUGCUGUUGCACCAGUUUGUGUUGAUUGGAAUGGUAGAUAUAAUGUAACAAAUGGAGCUCAAGGAAAGAUUGUUGGUUGGGGAAAUACAGAAAAAGACAUACCAAGUCCAGUUUUAUUAGAAGCAACUUUACCGUACAUUGAUUAUAAUUCUUGUCGAAGCAUGUAUACCAAUGACUUUCAAAAGUUUGUGACUUUUGAUAAAUUUUGUGCUGGAUCUAUAUCAGGACCAGGAGUUCGUCAAGGUGACAGUGGUGCAGGCUUGACGUUUUUACAUUCUGAUUUUUAUUAUUUAACCGGAAUAGUGAGUCUCAAGGAUCCAAAUUCAAAUACUUCAAUUGCAGUUUUUACAAAUGUUAGCUCCCACAUUAAAUGGCUUCGUGAAACGUAUAAAAAAUAUACAUCUUAUGACACUGAUAAUAUGCUGGUUAUGAAUAAUGCAUGUGUUUUACCAAGUGCGGAAGGGAUUAUAUAUGCUUAUGAAGGAUCAGAUAAAAUAUUAACUCAUGGCACAUUAAUUAAUCCUCUUCGUAUUGUAACUGAGAACUGUGAAGUGGGAUAUCAUAAGGCUUAUCCAAAUGGUUUUAGGGUUUGUCAGGAAAAUGGAGAAUGGAAAUUGAAUUCUGAGAAUUUGUGUUUCAAAACGUGUCCACCUCUAUUAUCAGAUAGUUUAGAUAUUAAAUGUACUCUAAAUGGUAACUAUGCUAAUUGUUCAAAUCCGUCUAUACCCGGUACAAUUGCAAACCAAUCAUGUAAGUCAACUCAUAGACUACUAAAUGGACAAGAAGGAAUUCCAAUUGAAUUACGUUGUCAGUCUAAUGGAACAUGGAAUAAUAACCUAUAUAAAUGCACCCCAUAUUGCGGUAAACCAUACGCCAGCCAUCAGUUAUUGAUCGAUAAUGGUGCUACAGCGCAAGUAGGUACAGCACCUUGGAAUGUUGGAAUAUAUCUAUCUAAUGAAUAUGAUUCUAAGUAUUCCUUGAAAUGCGGAGGAUCAAUAAUUGCUCCAAAUAUUGUCGUUUCUGCGGCUCAUUGUUUUUAUAGAAAAAAAAUGCUCUCCAAUAUAUCAUCGAUAAACGAUGGUUCAUACAAAGUUACCGUUGGAAAAUAUACUAGUGAUUACACUGUUAUUGACAAUGAAUUCACUCAAAUAAUGGAUGUGAAAAUAAUUUAUAUGAAAGAAGGUUAUUAUGGAAAUGACGGAUUUCAUGCUGAAGAUAUAGCUGUUGUCGUGUUGAAAAACAAAGUUCUUAUUAGUGCUGGUGUUGCACCAGUUUGUGUUGAUUGGAAUAGUAGAUAUAAUGUACCAAAUGGAGCCCAAGGAAAGUUUGUUGGUUGGGGAUAUACAGAAAAAAAAAAAAAAGUUAGCCCCGUUUUAUUAGAAGCAACUUUAUCGUACAUCGAUCAUAAUUCUUGUCGAAUCAUGUAUACAAAUGGAUUUCGAACGUAUGUGACUCCUGAUAAGUUCUGUGCCGGAUCUGAAUUAGAACAAACACCUCGUGAAGGCGACGGUGGUGCAGGUUUAACGUUUUUACAUUCUGAUUUUCAUUAUUUAACUGGUGUACUGAGUGUCAAGGAUGUAACUACAAACAAUUCAGUUACAGUUUUUACAGAUGUUAAAUACCACAUUCAAUGGAUUCGUGAACUGUAUAACAAAUAUGCUUCUUAAACAAGCGAUAACAUAAUUAUAUUUAAGCCCAAUAGCAUAAUACUUAAAUAACAAAUUCUAUGUCUAAUUAAAAUUAAAAUUGUUAUGAAUAUAUUUUUACUGUUACAUAACAAUUUUUAACAAAUUCAUUUUGAACAAAUGUUCAUCAAAAUUAAAUUUAAUACGACAUUAUUAUUAUAGGUAAUACAUAAGCAUUAUAUAAUUAAUUUACAAUUGUACGUAUCAGUUAUAUUAAAUUUGGUGUUUAAAAUGGUCGAGAAAUGAGAUUAAAGUGCAGUUAUUGUACGGAAAUUGUAACAAAAAUAGGUUUUGAACUUCGUAGAGAUGCUAUAGCCAUUAGCCAUAGUAUUUACUAUUAUACAUUUAUACUAUUUAAUUUUAAAUAUAAAUUGCGUUUGUAUAAUAUAAUCAAAUAUAUAAGCACUGUAUUAUUUAUAAUUAUACAAAAUAAAAUUUCUACGAAUUAUGUA